AUGACACCGAGAGACCUUGAUUACGGCACGCCGAUUGACGCUGUCCAGGUCGUAUUCGUCCAUCCUCAGGAUACGAUCCUACGUAAAGACAGUCGAAGCGAGACGCACGACCCCUCGACCGCUGUCCAUGGAGCGUCGUGCUCAACGGAAGAUGUCUCAGGUCAGACGCAUGACAAUCUGAAUCACCCUCCAGAUAAGGACGUGAUCUAUUCGAGAGAAAUCAGGCCAAGGCUGAUCUCGAUAGCUGCCUCAUCCAUCUAUACCGCAAUAAGCUCUUUGAGCAGCGAGGGGUCCGUCUCCGGGGCUCCUGCAUCGCCAAUGCCCUUGUUGCCGCCAAAGGUCGGCACAAGAUUCUCCAAGGAAGCAGCUCGCGUUCUGCGACAGUGGCUCGACACCCACAAAGACCAUCCAUUCCCGAGUCGAGAUGAUAGAGAAAUGCUCCAGCGACUUACUGGCUUGUCAAACGUGCAGAUAAAGACCUGGUUUACAAACGCACGUCGGCGACGCAAGCUUCCAGCGAGCCCCGCCUCGUCUGUGUCAAAUAAUGUUCGCGGCGAGACAAAACUAUCAACACGGCCCGAUACACCGAUACCUGUGGAUGCUGAAAAGGCAAUUUAUGCUAUGGACCCGUUAGAGCGCUGGUUCGACUCUCCUCCAGAAGAUGAGCCUGCAUCCCCGAGGGAUAUAGCACGGGCGGUGUCUUCGGGGCGCCAGUCUAGUUUGCAUAGAGGCAGGUUCAUCUCUAGCGCUCUUCUUGAGGGCGUUCAGUCAGACCAGGCAUCAUUACUUACGAGGAUCUUAGGAUAUUUCGGCCUGUCUAGAGACUCUAGCAGAGAAGACGGACACGAGAAGUCCCUUCACGUCCCCCUAGAGAGAUGGGUCUGUAGUCCCCAUGGACCUAUAAAUAUCGAUCCCGGAACUGGUCAAGAGUGCUGCGCUUACUGCGGAAAGCCCGAGCCUGACGACAGCCAUACUGCUGUGCAUAACACCGGCACAUGUCAACAGCGGGUGUUCAUCCGAAAGGAUCAUUUGAAACAACAUCUUCGGCUAGUGCACGAUACGGAGGGCGUGGAAUGGAUCAUAAGGGGAUGGAAAGCCCCAGGUCUUAUCGUUCUAUCGCGAUGUGGUUUCUGUGGCAUUGCGCUGAAUACCUGGGCCGACCGCGAAGACCACCUAGCUGAUCACUUUAAGCUUGGGCAGACCAUGGCCGACUGGACUGGCGACUGGGGGUUUGAGAAACAUAUCAUGGAUACCAUCGAGAGCUUCAUGCCACCCUAUGUCAUCGACUACGACCGUAAGACACCUUUCCCGUUUGUGGCGAGCGGGGGAGCACCCGGCUCUCCCCGAAGUGCAUACGAACUAAUCAGUCUCGAACUCGCGUUCUUCCUCCAUAAGCACUUCGAUCAAACGAAGGACAUGCCUUCGAACGAUCUGUUGCAGCUCCAAGCAUGCCGUGUCAUUUUUGCGUCGGAAGCCCUGGUUCCCAGGGACGAGGAUGGAGACAUGGGUGGUGAAAGAGCUGCAACCUCGUGGCUACGGGAUCUCAUCACUUUCGACACCAAAGUAACGCAACAAGCUAGAUUCGGCCCUCGACGAACUCAAGCUGAAAGCAGACUCGCUACUCUGAAGAUCAACGGCAAGAAGACCCUUUUCGAGGCAUGCCCCCUCGAGAAACAACUUCAAGACUUUGUUCAAUGCUCUUGGGCAGCGCAGGCAGUGGUGCCUAUGGACGGCGACCUCCAGAGUGAGGCAUGCAGAAUCCUUAGUCGUGCGGAAGGCGACCUGGAAACAAAGCCCCCUGAUUUUGUAGCCAACUGGCUGAUCAAGCUCAUUACCACAACGUCGGGAUGGCUUGGUGGGUUUAAGGAGCGAAUAUGUCUAUCACAUCAACUACCACUGGACGUUUUGAACGUGGAGUCCAAUUCAAAUCACGUCGACUCAUCUCUGAAUCCUCAAGAGUCAUUUGGCCGUCAUCAUCUUCCCGACAUUGCUCCCGAAAACGAAUUUGACGAGCGGUCGCCCCAGAUUCAAGACCACGAGCCCAUCAGAUACGCAUGUGCAACCACGACUUGUCCCGACCUACAAGAUACCUCCAAGGCCCAAGCGCACCUAUCCGCCAAUACCCAAACUCCAUGGCCCAAGCUUGGAUCUUACAUUCUUAACGACGCAAACCACCACCGCUGGCUAGGCGCCGAACUCCAAAAGUGGGCGACGACCAUUAUGUCACUCGACAAUCCCAACUGGCACAUUCCUUCAGAUGAAGAGAUCCAAGACCAAGUUCGUCGUUUACUGUAUGACGAGUAA